AUGAACAUCAAAGAACUUUUGGUCAUAGGAGAUUUCGAUCUGUUGAUACACUUAGUCCAAGGAGAAUGGUCCACCAAGAAUGUCAAGAUACUUCUGUACCUACACUGUGUGAAAGAGCUGUGCAAGAAGUUUACAAAGAUUGAGUUCAAGCACGUCCCCAGGAUUCAGAACGAGUUUGUUGACGCCCUUGCAACCCUAUCAUCUAUGAUCCAGCAUCCAGACAAGAACUACAUCGAAUCUAUCGAGGUAGAGAUCAGGGAUCAACAUACCUAUUGCUUCCAUGUAAAUGAAGAACCAGACGGUAAACCAUGGUAUCACGACAUCAAGAGAUUCCUUGCAACCAGAAAGUACCCGAAGAAUGCUACUAAUGGUCAAAACGAGCCGUCGGGAGGCUAG